AUGACAUUCGUAUCCCACGUUCUUGGCUUCGGAAUCAACCCCCCCGGGCAAAUCCAAGUCCAUUAUCCCACCAUUGUUCAACAGCCAAUGAUACCCAUGUCGCAGCCUCAGUUUCUACUGACGCCUCAAGUCCAAUACUAUCAUCUUCCUGUCAUCACAACGACGCCAACAAUGGUAGCUCAUCCUCCUUUUACUCCUCCUUCAUUCAUCGUGGCACCCGCUCAGCCAUCAGUUUUGCCGCCAGGCACCGAUAUCAACAAUCUACCAAGCAGCUUCUUCACAUUGCGGAUUGUCUUUUACGGCCACCCAUCCGACGACUAUACGCCUCCGCUGUGCCUCUCGAGCGCGACAUACAAGGACUCGUCGCUACCGAGUAGAGAUGCCCUGCUUGCGGGGUUAGCGACCUGGGCUGGACAUCAUGGCCUUUCGAUCCGGCAUCCGGGUGGGCGAAUCGACCCUCUCAGAGUGAAGCUGUAUGUCUUGCCGAGGGGCAACGCGUUGGUGGUAUCUGGGAUGGAUGUUGUGCCGGGUGUAGGCCUGGUUGUGCCGGGGGACGUGGUCAGAGUGGUGAGGAUGGGAGGGAUCGAGGAGAGGGACUGGGAAGAGGCGCUGCGGGAGAUUAAGAGGGAGGGCUAUGAAGCUGUUGUUGCGGUGGAUAUGGGCGUUUCCGUUUCUACGUCUGAAGAGGAUGAUGGUGGGUUGGACUCGACUACAACAACUACAGCCACGGAUACAGUUUCAACUCCAGCUGCUGCUACGGAUGGGGACCAGGCCGUAGUAGCAGCAGCAGCAGCAGCAGCAGCAGCAGAAGCCGCAUGA